AUGAUUUCCCCUUUUGCAAAGGCCUCCGCCUUGUUCCUUCUGGGACAAUCUGCUCUCUUCACCCCAGUGAGCUCUGCUGGUAUUGAAGGACUGCCGCCUCAAGCACAGUUUAUUGAUCAGCGGACCUUCAAUGUUCUGAACUCUACACUGCCCCCUGCGCAGUUUAAUGCUACGACCACCUUUAUACCUCCAGGCACGACAGAGGAUUCCCUGGCUAAACGUCCCUUCCAUGUCUACGACAAGGAAUUCCUGAAGAUUAUCGGCAAGAAUCCCACCUUGACACUCAUUGCACAGACCGAAAAGGAUCCCCUUUUCCACGAGGCUGUAGUUUGGUCCAAGAGCACAGACGAAGUCUUCUUUGUUCAGAAUGCAGGCGCUAAGGACGCAGGUACGGGGUUGCAAAAGUCUGCCAUUAUCCAGAAAGUGUCCCUCGCGCAGGCUUCUGCUGUGUCUGAUCGGACAAAUGCCGUCGGACUUGUCAAUGUGACUACUGUUCACCCGUCGCAACUGAUUGCAAACCCUAAUGGUGGUACAAACUACGGCGGGGGAAUACUCUUCGUGACUGAAGGCCAGGGUGACAAAGUCGCGCCCGGAAUUUUCCUUAUGAACCCGAAGAAGCCUUAUGCUACUAGGCCCCUUCUGAAUAACUUCUUUGGCCGUCAAUUCAACUCGCUCAAUGACGUUAACAUUCACCCGGACAACAAAGACAUCUACUUUACGGAUACCAUCUACGGCUACGUCCAGGACUUCCGUCCUGCCCCAGGUCUACCGAAUCAAAUAUACCGAUUCAACCCAGACACCGGGGCCGUGACAAUUGCGGCAGACGGGUUCGUGCACUCAAAUGGAUUCACCUUCUCCCCAGAUGGCAAGCGUGCCUAUGUCACGGACACCGGUAUUAGUUAUGGUUUCUAUGGAUAUAACUUGACUGACCCUGCCUCUAUCUACCAAUUUGACGUCUUCGACGAUGGCACCCUUGGCAACCGCAAGACAUUCGCAUUUGUCCACGCUGGUGUCCCCGAUGGAAUCCACUGCGACUCCGAGGGCAACGUCUACGCUGGAACUGGAGACGGUGUCCACGUCUUCAACACUUCAGGGAAACUAAUCGGCAAGAUCUAUGUCGGUACUACCUCAGCCAACUUCAAUUUUGCUGGAGAUGGACGCAUGAUCAUUGCCGCUGAAACUGAACUUUACUAUGCCACAUUGGCGGCUGGGGGAAGUUUUGUUGAGAGUGAGGUGUAA